AUGCAUCCUAACUGGAAGUACUGUGCGCUUCUGGCUAUUUUCCUGGCCAAUCCCUUGGAAACCUCUGCCAGAGCAAUUGACAGGCGUGAUCUUGCUGCUCUGCUUCCAAGAAUCGAGAUUCCUGGAAUUACCAUUCCAAAGCCAAUUAUCCCGAAGCCGGUCGUACCAGAGGUUCCAGGAAACGUUCCUGGACGAAUUCCUCCCAUUAAACCUGAUCCUGUUCCUGUUCCAAAGUCGGAGCCGAAGCCAGGCAAUCAGCCUUGCAAGCGAGCUGAUGGUUGCGAACCCAAAGGUCCCCUUGAUGCUCCAGACUUUGUUGUUACCCAUGUCGUACAGAAGUUCGGAGAUGAUGGUCUGACUGUGAACGGCUUCAUCCCAUGGGAGACCAAAGCUACUGAGAUGACCAAAACUACUGAGGACACCGAGAAGUUCAAUGCAAACCUGCGAUCUGUCACCCAACGUCUGUAUGAUGAGCUUCCGGUAAAGACCAAGGCAGGCGGAAACAACAUCGUGGCCUCAAUCUGGGUGCCUCAAAAGGGCAUUUACUUCUCUUCCAUUCCCCGUGAACAGGCCGCUACCAAGAUACUUUCUGACAAGGCAAAUGCACCAUCUUGGGAUUGGCAGGCUGGAUCUGGACGUAACACCCAGAGAGAUCUGCAUGCUGAAGAUGGUGCUAUUUACAAUUUCGAGGUUCUUAAUCCCGCCGCCUUUGAGGAUCCGGCUAAGGCCAGGGCCUGGGUAUUCCCUACUGAAUCGAGAAUUGCCGUAUACGGAAAGCCAAACCAGAAUAUGAAUGAGGGAUUCCUUUACCCAUGCAAAAAUGCGGUUAAGGGCGAUGGCUAUGUCCGCGACCCCACCUGCGAUACUGUUGUGACUCGCAUGAACCUCACCCCUGUUUCGAGCCCAGCCAACAAUGUCAAAUAG